GGUGGUUCAAGAUGCAUGCUCGGAAGAAGCACAGCAAGGGUCCAGCAGGCCAUUAACGACUCAGGGUGACCCUAGCAGCGCAGCUACAAGGCUACCUCUUCUGGAUUUGCCCGGCAUCGCUCAAGGAGCACUAGUCGUGGCCGCUCGGGGGCCACCGCUCCGGAGAACGCAUGAAAGAUCGGGGCGAGACAAACUCUGUUGUCGCUCCAUCGCCCCCUUCCCAUGUCCGGCUCUCGAACGAACACAGCAACGAUCCACGCAGCCCAUACACUGUGGAGAUGCUUGAGGAUGGAAAUCGCAAUCACAUCGGACUUGUGAGCUCCGCCGAGCAAGAUCUCUCAACGCAGAAUGCCCGCCGGCCGUCGGAUGAGAGCGGAACCAGGAUAACCGCUCCGUCGCGCGCGCAUGCUCCAGAUUGGCCCACACGUUUCCAAGCUCACGCACCGACCUCCUUACCGUCGCCUGGUGCAUUGUUGACUGGUGUUGGCCGGGAACGAUGUAGUGAGCGACAUCUUGCCUCUGGAACAUCUUUGCCAAGCUUCGACUCCCUCUCUCAGGCGCCACUGCAGCCCUUCGGGGGUCCACUUCCCAAAAUCAACCUCCCCCGCCUCCUUCCCAAGACGAACGGCUAUGAUCAUAACAGUAAAAGCAACCUGGCCGGCCGUGACGGCCUGUAUUCUUGUCCGGUUUGCGGUCGAGGGUUCAAUCGCGUGGUUAUCAUGGAGAGGCAUCUAAGGGUGCAUGGUAUCAGACCACCACCACCGAGGGAGGGAGAGGGAAGACUGGCAGUGGUUUGAUACGCACACACACACACACAAUUUAUUCCGCCCGGCGGGCUUAACCCGAAAGGGCAACUA